AUGAAUUCCGAAAAUUCUUCCUCUUCUUCUUUGCGCGACAGCGCGGGGAAUCCAAACUGGAACGCGAUUCUGAAAUGGUCCGUCGAUGAAGGCUUGAGGCAAGAGGCGGAGUUGAAAGCGAAAGGAGGAGGAGAGAUGAAGGAGAAAGCGCAAACGAGAAGAACGAUUUCCGAGGAAGACCGCGCGUGGUUCUUGAAAGCCAUCGAGAGCGGAGUCGUGGACGAGGUGAAACGGAUUAAAGAAAUCACGGAGAAAAUCAUCGGGAAGGACCCGAGAGGCGAACGUAUCGAGACGGAAGAAGAGGAAGAGGAGAGAGUUCUCGCGUUGGAGGAACUGAGAGACCGGUUGGAGUCGGUGGAUAACGCGAAAGAUUUAGGGAAAAUUGGCGGGCUCGAACCUCUUUUAGAAGGCAUUCAAUCGGAGAAGUGGGAUGGAAUUCGAGCGAUGAGCGCGGAGUGCGUGGCGGUAUCGGUGCAGAAUCACCCCGAGGCGCAAAAGAACGCCAUGACGUGCGACGCUUUGAACGUACUGUUGCUCGCGUUGCAAUCGGAGAAGCAUUUGAAUAAGAAGAGCAAUUCGAAAGUUAUAUACGCGUUGAGCUGUUUAGUGAGAGGAAACGCAGAGGUGAUGAGUAUGUUCGUGGAAUCAGAUGGGAUUGAAUCGUUAGCGAAGUGCGGGUUGACGUCUUCGGUCGUCAAGACCAGAGUCAAGGCGGCGGCGUUGUUGAGACACGCGAGCGUGACGUCGGAAGAGGCCAUGAAACGGACGAUAGACGCGAAAGUGAUAGAAGUUGUGGCGACAAAGUUAUCUGUGAACGUGGAAAGCGGUUUAUCGUCAUCCUCGCUCACAGACCUCGCGCAAGAACGAGAGUCGUACGCUCGCUUGCUUUUAGAUAUCGCCGAACGCGUAGACUUUACGACGAACGAAGACGCCGUCAAUCAGUUCAGAAGCGAUGGGUUCACGCAAACCCUUCGAGAAUCUCGAAAGGUUAUAGACGACGGUGCGAACGGCGGAAUCACAGACGAGAAAGAAUUUAUCCUCGCCGUCGAUCGAUUAAGAAACAUGCUCGAAUAG